GUCGCGACGGCGGCGGCGGCGGCUGCUGCGACGGCGGCGCCCCGGACAGCGUUUGCGCGCGGCGGUAAGCGUCGUCGAUGUAUCGUCUCCGCGCGGAUCGAUAGUUGCUUGCGAGGAUCGAACAGAUACCUCGUCGACUGGGGCACGAGUACGUUUUCGACUGGGACAAGAUAGUAAUGGAGGCGACGCUAGUGCACGGUUCUAACACAACAGAGGCGGCGGACGCGCUCAGACUUCGCGGGGCAGCUGCAGCGGCCGAGAGCUGCAGCGGACGGCGCGGGCGGCGGCAGCAGCAACAAGUGCCGCACAUAAAUUACUGCGCGCGAUCAGCGGCCAUCGGCACCGCCGCCGCCGCCACCAGCUCUUUCUGCAGCGUCUGCGAGCGCUCGUCAGACCACUCCAAAACGCCACUUUUUCUGUUAUUUCCUGGUCCCGAAACGUUAUAAUCGGAUAAAACGACACUGCCUCCAAGCAUUUUCAGGAAAACCUUUUAGUUUGGCAUGCAAUUCCUUCGAAAAUAUUAAUAAAUUGAUAAUAUAUAAUUAAUAUUAAAGAGCGUCUUCGGUAAAGCUUAAAAGAAUAUUUUAUGUUUGAGUUGCUUUCAAGUAGUCAUCAAAUUCUGAAAUUUAUAUAUGAGAAUUUUUGUGAGUUAAUUGCUAUAAAAUAUUUAUUUCUUAAAAUUCAUAUGUGAAUAAUUAAUGAAAUCAAAAUUUUUAACACUAAUUUAGUGAUUCCCUUUGAUACACUAUUAUGUAUAUUUAUUGUUGUUCUUAUACUUCUUUCUCUUCUCCUUCUCCCUUUCAAAGAUUAUACAUUAAUUCACGUUCCGUCUGCACUUAAUUUUUAUGUUUUUCCGCAUCUCUCAUCCCUUCACUUUUUAUCAUUGAAUUUUUAAUAAAUUCUUUAAUUAAUGUUAUCUGACAUACCAUUUAUUUACAGAUAUAAAAAUUAAAAUUUAUUUCUUGUACUCAGCUGUAUAAUUUUUUUCACAAUGAAGAUACUUAAAAGUUUUGAUUUGUUAGUUACCUGUAUUAUUAUAUUUAAGCAAACGGUUUAUUUAUCAAAAUGGAUCAAGACUGUUUUUUUAUACUGGGAGAUUCUAUAAUUUUCCGCAAUUUUUUCCCUCCUAAUUAGUAUUAAGUUGUGGAUAAAGUAUUUCCUUUUUGGAUGAUCAAUUUAUCAACAUUUCUUCAGUCAGUUUUGCAGCAACAUUUAUUUUAACAUCAUUGGAUUAAUAUGAUUAUUGGCUCUUCGAACACCGAAUAUAUUAUGAAAACUACUUUUUUUAUUUUUAAUCCUAAAUUAAAUAUAACAUAAUUAAAAUUAUUUUAAAAUUUAAGGUCAUAUCAAUUAAGAUGUGAAUUUAAUUUCAAAUCAAAACCGAAACAUUUUUGUGUAAAGAAACGAAAAUGUAUAUCCCCACAGAUUGCAUGUUAGAGAGGUUACAACUUAAAUCUUUUUCAUGCAAGCUUAAAUUUUACAUUAUAUUCUUCAUCUAAUGACACCACUGACGUGUGUUAGGGGGCGUAUUAAAGAGAAAUUGAGAUUUAGCAUUCCUAUCAAAGUAUCAAAUAACAAAUGACGAUUUAUAUUUUGGAUUUUUAAUGAUAGUUUUGUAUUGCACGGGCUAGUUGUAACACCAAACACACCCUUUUCAAUUUAUGAUUAUGAUUACAUAAUCCAGAAAAGUGGGUAAAAAUUUCAUUAACAAACUAAAUUGGGUACAACUCGGAUACUGUGUGGUAUGUUUGGUAUAGUUGAGGUUGUGAAAAUGUAUUCCAUAAUGUACACAUUACAAACGUUAGAGAUUGAGA